AUGGCGGGCGGCUUUAAGCUACAAAAAUGGAUAAGCAACCACUCAUCCGUGAUUGAUUGUAUUCCUGAGGAUAAUCGAAUUAAAGCCACAACGAUUAACAUUAACAGUGACUUUACUGUUUACACUCUCGGGUUGUGCUGGCAACCAGCUAUGGACUCUUUUCAAUUCUCUGUAAAUAUACCUAAACCUGCAUCCAUCACUAAAAGAACAAUACUGUCUAAUAUUGCCAAGUUGUUUGAAAAGUUGCGGACAUUAAAAUUGGGAUGGGAUGAUCCGUUACCUGAUCCCGUAAGAAGACGAUGGUUGAAUUUUACAGAAAGUCUAGAUGACUUACAUCAUCUUUCGUUCCUUCGUUGGGUGCAUUAUCACUCGAGUUACUCGACUGAAGUUCACGGCUUCUGUGAUGCAUCUCAUCAGGCAAUUGCUGCCGUUGUGUAUAUUAGAACUGUUAAUACACAAAGAGAUGUUCAAACCGCACUCUUAGCUUCAAAAACAAAGAUAGCUCCAUUGAAGAAACUCACCAUUCCUCGAUUGGAAUUGUCAGGAGCUUGCCUCUUAACUAAACUUGUAUCACAUUUCCUCAAUGUUUUCGCAUUCAAUAAUGAUAUUCUUCCUCAAGCAAGUUGGAGAUUUGUGCCGGGUACGGAAAAUCCUGCUGAUUUGGCGAUCAGGGGACUAACUCCUACUCAACUCUCAGAGCUGCCCAUAUGGUGGACGGGUCGCAUUGGUUAUUACAAGAACCGACAGAAUGGCCAGUUAUGA